AAACGGUUAAUUCAUCUUCACAGAUCCAGUUAGUUACCCCACUUCCAUUCCAUUCACCGCCGGUAACAAUAACCGACAAAACUUCAUUAACACCUUAUUUAAGCCGUCAAAGCCAAACUAACUCCAUUUAAAUCUAACCUCUUCACUAAUCCUAAAGCCGCGUUCCAGAAAGAAAAAAAAAAAAAACACUCUCAUUUAUAGUCUUUAACUUAUACUCUCAAUUUACUUCAUUUUCUUUUCUAUUAUGAAGUCGUCGAUGAAGACGAAGACCAGCUGUGCCGGUCAACUUUAACAGCUCAGCUCAUAUUUAUAAAUUCUUCAAACUUUUGUUUGAAAAAUUUGUUUAGAAAUUGUGGAUCUUUGAAUUAUUGAAAGCAAUGGAAGAAGAAAGAGGAGUGUUAGCAGAAAAGCUGAUUGAGACAGUGAAUGAAAUAUCAUCGAUUUCGGACUUUAGGAUUUCAGUGAAGAAAGAGUAUUGCAAUCUAGCAAGGAGACUCAAGUUGUUAUUUCCAAUGUUCGAAGAGAUUCGAGAUACCAAAGAGUCAGUUCCUGAUGACUCAAUUAAAGCCUUAGUUUCCUUGAAAGAAGCUCUUGAAUCAACUAAGGAAUUGCUCAAAUUUGGUAGCCAAGGAAGCAAGAUUUAUCUGGUGUUAGAAAGGGAGCAGAUAAUGAAAAAAUUCCACGAAGUGACAACCCAGCUAGAACAAGCUUUGGGCGGAAUUCAUUAUGAAGAGCUUGACAUAUCUGAUGAAGUUAAAGAGCAGGUAGAGCUUGUCCUUUCUCAGUUCCAACGAGCCAAAGGAAGGGUUGAUACACCUGAUGCUGAACUCCAUGAGGAUCUAUUAUCCCUUUACAGCAAGAGUAAUGAUGCUGCUAUAGAUCCAGCUUUUCUAAGGCCAUUGGUUGAGAAGUUACAGCUGACCGGAAUAUAUGAUCUCACACAAGAAUCAUGUGCUUUGCAUGAAAUGGUCACUGCUACUGGUGAAGAUCCAGAGGAGAGGAUAGAGAAGAUGUCAGUGAUACUGAGGAAAAUUAAGGACUUUGUGCUGACUGAGACUCCGGAGAUUGAUUCUUCUUCGAGGGAGAACUCUUCAACUUGUAGCGGACAAGCAUCUACCGAGACAACUCAUAAGGCACCAGUAAUACCAGAUGAUUUUCGGUGUCCUAUAUCCCUGGAAUUGAUGAAAGAUCCUGUCAUUGUUUCAUCUGGGCAGACUUAUGAGCGUUCUUCUAUUGAGAAGUGGCUGGAAGCAGGGCAUAGCACUUGUCCCAAGACACAAGUAGUCCUCACAAGCAAUGUUAUCACACCAAACUAUGUGUUGCGAAGCCUCAUAGCACAGUGGUGUGAAGUGAAUGGGGUUGAAUCCCCCAAACGACCAGGUAUUUUACCCAAUAAAUCAGCAUCCGUGUGCACGCCUGCUGAACGCUCGAAGAUAGAAAAUCUCCUGAGAAAGCUCACAUCUGGCAGCCCUGAAGAUCGUCUCUCUGCCACAGGUGAAAUCCGCCUACUUGCUAAGCGCAAUGCUGAUAAUCGUAUUGCAAUAGCUGAAGCAGGUGCCAUUCCUCUGCUCAUCGACCUUCUUUCCACACCCGAUUCUCGGAUCCAAGAGCAUGCUGUUACAGCACUACUUAACCUCUCUAUUUGUGAGGAUAACAAACGGAGCAUUGUAACAUCAGGUGCAGUGCCUGGUAUCGUCCAUGUGCUUAAGAAGGGGAGCAUGGAAGCACGUGAAAAUGCAGCAGCCGCUCUAUUUAGCCUUUCAGUUAUAGAUGAAAAUAAGGUCAUAAUUGGUACUUAUGGAGCAAUUCCUCCACUUGUUACAUUAUUAAGUGAGGGCACCCAGAGAGGGAAGAAAGACGCAGCUACUGCACUUUUCAAUUUGUGCAUUUAUCAAGGGAACAAGGGCAAGGCGAUAAGGGCUGGAGUCGUGCUCACUCUAAUGGAGCUGCUUACAGAACCUCAAGGUGGUAUGAUCGAUGAAGCGCUUGCCAUUUUAGCGAUAUUGUCUGGUCAUCCAGAAGGGAAGACCAACAUCGGAGCUGCAGGGGCAGUUCCUGUUUUGGUAAAUGUGAUCACAAAUGGGUCACCCAGGAACAAAGAAAAUGCAGCUGCAGUUCUGGUACAUCUCUGCUCUGGGGACCAACAUCAUCUAGUGGAGUUUCAGGAGCUAGGUUUAAUGGAACCAUUGCUAGAUUUAGUACAAAAUGGCACUGAAAGGAGCAGACGAAAGGCAACCCAGUUGCUUGAAAGAAUAAACAGAUACGCUGAACAGCAAAAACAGGCCCAGACAGAAUCCGAGGCUCCGAUUCAACAAACUCAUAACCAGCUUUCACAGUCACCACCUUCAUCGACAAAUGUGCUGGACAGCUGAAUAAAUAACAGCUACUACUAUGCCUCAAUCCUAAGCAAGUGGGAUCAGCUAUAUUAGUACUCGCUGAUCCACGUCGCUCCAGUUAAGCUUGCUCCUGGACUGUAUGUUUUUAUAUAUUUUUUCUGUUAUAUUUGACCUUUCUUGGUGUUUAUAGCAUUGAUUAUAGAAGAGUGGUUUAGAUAUGUGGGAGGAAGGUGGAAGAUCACCUGACACCUCCAUCAUUCAUUUAUUUUCUGGGGUUGAGGUGUAUACUCUCAUGUAAAAAAAGGCCAAGGAUUGACGGAAAGAACUGGGAAAACAUAAACUGCUUUUACAAUAUUGAAUGUCAAGUGUACCAUUACAACACAUCUACAAGUGAAAAUCUUCCUCAGUUUUUAUAGGCGGAGAUGCUUUCUAUUAGAAUA